CCAGGAUUCCUGAUCCCGAUCCAGGUGAAAUGUAAAUUGUUGGUACAGUACUUGUAACGUUACAUGACUGUACUCUCUAAAUCAAUCGCCAAACAUUGGGCAGCAGUCCAGGUACCGCACUACAACGACUUCUGUCCGACUUCACUUUUCAGUUCGGCGCUGCCAGUGCCACUCUCCUCCUUGGCCUUGACCUCGAUUCAAGAUACGAUCAUCGGCCCAUUUACUGUUUUUAUAAUUAUAGGGUGUGUACGUGUGUGAAGUGAGCACGAGGAACACUGCCCCGGAUACCGUAUCACGCCAUACACAUAAUGUGCAGGUCGUAGUACGACAAGUACAACAGCUAGCUCCCAGCUGCGCUUCACCUUCACUCGAUUCUGGGUCGGUCGUGUGAUCGUGAGAUCUCGAGAGUAGCCGCGUUGCUCUCGAUCGGCAAGACCAACACCACUGACGACGAGACUGCCAAGACAAGAUUCUUGAUGCGAGCAGUUGAUCUCGUAUCUUCUAUAAAGGUGCAUCGAAAAUGGAGAUGGAAUGGUUAGCGUGGGUACUGCUAGCAGCAGUGUUGCUGUUUACGACAAUAUUCUUGCGAUUAGGUGGCCUGGUACCACUUUUCGACGCCGCUCUGGCCAUCUACUUGAGGUUAUUUUGGGACAAGGAUGGCUGCUAUUGUGACGCUAAAGUUCUUGGCUUUCUUAUGAAAUGGCAGUUGGCUCGUCAUCCCCUCUCACGUCGAUGGGUGCUCAUGUGGCGGCAAUUUCGAUGUAGGGCUACCAAGAAAUGCAUUGAGCUGAGCGAUUACAAGUUCAUGUAUCUGGAACAUGGCAGUGCAUCUCGCGAGCGUCCCACAGUGCUACUGCUUCAUGGGUUUACAUCUGGCAAAGAGGAAUGGUCAGAGAUUAUGCGUCUGUUAGGGUCGGCUUGUCAUGUUAUUGCAGUGGAUAUGCCUGGGCACGGUGAAACGACACGCAACCCUCGUGGCGAUCACUCUAUCGUUGGAGCAGUUGCUCGAGUGCGACAGUUCGUCGAAGCUGUUGGGAUACUUGAGCAUGGAUUUCAUGUUGUUGGUUCAUCCUGGGGUGGUCAUGUUGCUGGUGUAUAUGCCAGCAAAUAUCCUGAUAGGCUUCACUCACUCACCCUUAUGUGUCCAAGUGGUCUAGAGCCGAAAAACAUAACUCGAUUUGUCCGCGCAUUGAUGGAGGGUCGUAACUAUCUCCUUCCGGUUGACAGUGAGGAAUUUGCAGAGUUUCUUAGCUGUGUCUUCUAUCGGCAGCCGCCCUUGCCACGUUGGGCACUUGCGAUAGGACUGCGAGACCGUGUCCCGCAUUACCCGUUCUUUGAAACUGUGUUUGAUCAGCUGAUGGAACCUGACCAGCGUUUCUUGCUACAAAAAAGUCUGGUUGAUAUCAAGGCAGCAACGCUUGCAAUGUGGGGCAAAUAUGACCAGGUCUUGGAUCCAUCUGGUCUCGAGAUCUUGUCAAAAGAAAUUUCAAACUGUGAAGGUCACUCCUUAGAUGAAUGUGGUCACACUGUUGCUAUUGAGCAGGCAGCAGCUGCGGGUAAUCUCAUCAAGCAACACAUCCUUAGGCAUCACCAAAACUCUGUCGUCAAUAUUCAUUGAGGCUUCUUCAGGAUUGGCUGUUGCACUCGCGGGUAUUUUCUGAAAACUCAUUUCUUAGUCAAGUUUGCACCGGUCGUUUGAUUUACCCCUUGGUGGUUGCGAGAGACACCGAUGUUGACCCCAGCUUUUGCUGUAUUUAUCCGCGUAUUUAUCGACUUACCCCGUAUGUCGUUUUAGCAAUGCCUUUAUCAAUUCCAAUAUUUUCAAAAAUAAAUUAUUUUUAGUUGCUGUUGAACUUACUGACAUGUAUCAUACUCAUAUGGCGUGGAGAUGCUUAUUACCUCGCAUUACUCCUCCACUCUCUCUUUUGAUGUUGCAGUGCAGAUAACCCUUCUUUUUGUAUGAGUGUUUAAUACAGUGUAUUGUUUCAGGCUUAUCGUUUACUCAACAGUUGCCAUGUAGGUUCGUAGGAGUAACAUAAUUAUUCAGAUUUUUAAAAUUCAGACAUUCGACGCACACAUGCCAGUGUGAGGACAGCGCAGCUGUGCCAUGUCA